AUGCAUUUGAGCAGAAUAAUUGGGAAGUCAAUUGUUCCAAUUCUACUGUUGGAUGUACUUGGGAUCCCAGGUUUGGAGGACAACUUUCUUUCGGUCAGAAAAUGCACCGAGAAUGGGAAAAGAGUUACUUUUCUCGGAAAGCAAGUACAGUUUUCGUUUUCAGGGGAGGUUUUCGCCCGAGGAAAACUCCUGAACAGCGAGUACUGCCCUGAUUUGUUGUUGAAGCCCAAUCGAAGCGAUGUUGUUCACGAACAGCUGGUCAUCGACAAGAAUGUUAAGAUCCCACCCGAGGCCUUCACAUCUGAGCGGUUAGCCGAUGUGUACGAGCUAGAACAUCAUCCUACACUCGAGAAGUUAGCCGACGUGUGCGAAAUUGAAAACACAUUCGAGCGGUUAGCCGAUGUGCCUGCUGAUCCCGAUCGCACUGUGGUUAACAGUGUGGUUGUUGACGAUCACGGCGAGAGCAAUAACGAGAGCAGCGAAGAAUUCCCGGACGAUGACGAUGAUGACCAAGAUUCCGUCACCCCUGAACCGAACUUAGACGAAAUCAUCUUGGAGCUAAAGCGCCGGGACGACUGGGAUUCCUGGAAGGUCGCCAUCGACGAGGAGAUGACAGCCCUGAAGGAGAACAAGACUUGGGAACCGGUUAGCUUGCCUCCGGGUCACAGGAAACCCAUCCUGAAUAAGUGGGUGUUCACCGUGAAGGACGAUGGUCGUUACAAGGCUCGAUUGGUCGCGAAAGGAUGUUCUCAAAGACCAGGAUUGGACAACUGGGAAACAUACACUCCAGUCGUUCCAGAUGGAGAGCGUUCUUGA